GCCGCCUUGACAGGACGCCUCGAAGCAGUGCGUCUCGCAGCCCUCGCUCACCGCGACAUCGCGAGGGCCUGCUUCGCCGCGCCCAGCAAGCCACCGCCGCCACCGCGUGCUGCAGACUGAUUCCGAGAGUCGCUCUGUCUCUCUCGCACUCGCGGGGCGUGCCGUAUAGGUGCGAGAGCGACAGAGCGAUGCGGCGCUGCCGCGUGACAUGACGGAUCCCCUCGGAAGACACCGACCGCGGCCUGCUCCUUAUUCCUGGCCGCGUCCGCCGCGUCCGCCGCUAGCUGCUGCCGCCCUGCCGCCAUUAUUCGUCAUGGCCGCGGCGACCGGGCGCCACGCCGACGACGUGGACGUCGUCGAGGACAUGCUGCGCGAGGACAGCGACCCCGCCGGCCCGCCGGCCCGCCUCACUGUCGACGCCGUCCUGGGGCGCCACCUGGUGGCCGGGAGGGACAUCCACGCCGGGGAAGUGAUCCUCCGGUGCGAACCCCUGGUCAUGGGGCCCAAGGUGGCGGGCUGCCCUGCGUGCCUUGGUUGCAACCGCGUCCUUGCCCUCAGCUUCGCAGCCUUGACGGCGUCCUCGCUGCACAAGUGCGCCGAGUGCGGUUGGCCGCUGUGCUCUGCAGCGUGCCAGCACGUCUCCGCGCACACCAAGGAGUGCGCCGUCCUGCGGAGGGUCCGCGUCGCCGCCGACCGCCCAGUGCCGCCGGCGCACUGGUACGCCGCCGUGCUGCCGCUGCGCUGCCUGCUGCUGGAGGGGCGUGCGGGGCGCGCCGUCAGGACCCUGCAGUCGCACCUGGAGGAGCGGCUGCGCGACGCGCCCGCCUACCGCGGCCAAGGGGUGCAGCGCCGGGCCGCCGCCUUCGUCGCCGAGGUCCUGGGGACCGGCGAGGAGGACGCCCUGCGCAUGGCGGCCACCCUCGACACCAACGCCUUCGACGUGAGCAGGGACGGCCUGGAGGCCAGGGCGCUGUACGGCUCCGUGUCCAUGCUCUCCCACGACUGCCGGCCCAACGCGCGUUGCGCCAUGCUGUCCGGCGUGGUGCUGGGCGUGGUGGCGCAGCGCGACAUCGCCGCGGGGGCCAUCAUCAGCAUCAGCUACUACGCGGACAGCCUCCGAGGGUCACUGGCGCGCCGGCAGCACCUUCGGGCCACCAAAUGCUUCGACUGCGCCUGCGCGCGGUGCAGGGACCCCACGGACCUGGGCCUGCACCUGGACUCGGUGCGCUGCAUCCAGUGCCGGCAGGACGGUGGGACUUCCCUGCUGCAGUCCGGCGCACCGCUGGACCGCACGGCCGACUGGCGCUGCCCGCGCUGCGGCUUCACGCUGUCCGCCGACCAGAUGGCCAUGGGGCACCGCCGGCUGUGCGCGCAGGUGGCCGCCCUGCGCCUGGAGGACGCCGUCGAGGCCGAGGCCUUCCUGGCGGAGCACCUCGGGCCGCGCGGCCUCCUGCACGCCACGUCCGCCCACGUGCUGCGCGUAAAGCAGGGGCUGCUGGGGGCGGCCUUCGCGCACAUCCCCGGAUGCACGCCGCAGCUCAGCCUGAGCGACGACCAGUUGGAGCGCGCCAUCGCCAUGAGCGAGGAGAUGCUGGGCGUGGCCGCCGUGCUGGAGCCGGGGCUGAGUGUGCUGCGGGGCAGCCUGCUUCUGCGCCUUCUGGGCCUGCUGCUGGAGCGCGCCAGGCGGGCGCCAGCCACCACCAGCACCAGGGUCGACGUCGACGCCGCCCGCCGGCUGUUCCGCGAGGCGCAGACCAUCUUCAUGGACCUUGAGACCGAGGAGGAAUUGCGGAAACGGGGCGCCAUGAUGGAGCAGUGGAUCGACGAGCACGUCGUGCUUCCGAAGUGUCGCUGCACGCUGCGCUGCGCGCUGUACGCUGCACGCACUCAUUGGCGCGAGCAGCGCAAGCGCGGAGAGUGUGGAGGAGUACAGAGUGCAGCUAUUGCGCCUGCAGCCGAAGCCGACGCAGGUGGGGUCCGAUUCGCUUAUUCGCCAGUGUGCCAACCGUCGUCUGCAGCAGCGCGCGCAGCCUUCCCCCGCACGGCUGGAACCCAAAUCCGAACCAGUUGCAUGCAGUCGCGGGUUACACAACUCCCAGCACGCCAGCGCGCCGGUACAGCGACGCGGCGCUGGAGUCUGGAGAUCUGGCGGGUCGGUCCAGACGACGGGACGGCUUGGACGAGACAGCUGGGCUGGAGUCUGGGUCCGCGGCGUCUGGUCGGCUCCGAGAGGGAAGGUUCUUUGACCUCCCGUCCCCGCCAGCUCUCGCCGUGCUGCAACUGACCUCCCCACACCAUAGCGCCCCGCUCGCUACGCCCCGCCAGGCCCCGCCAGGUGGGUGCCAGUGCCCCCCGGGCCGCCGCGCCGCCGCCCAGCCUGCGUUGCCUGCGUCUGCGUCGGACCGUCGGACUUCACGACUGCACCGCGCGGGAGAGAAAGGCUUUCCCUCGCCGGACGACCCGGGGUCCGGACGGCUGCCCGGCCCGUUGCCUGAGCCUGUUCAGCGCUGGAGUUUGAACGCGCCGCGCUCGUCCUGCUCAGGACUCUGCCCCUCCUUCCACGGCGCCACGGGCCUGGCUAGCCUGGCAGCCUGGCCGCUCUAGCCGACCGUUUGUAGUUGUAGAAAGCGAUGGCCAAACUGCAACUCUCCAGCUCCAGCUGAUUCAGUGACAGUGGCUUUGAGCGGGGGAUCUUCAUUCCGUUUUCGUCCUGUGGAAUCCGGCGAGUGCU